AAACGCGUUCAUUGGUCUUGCUAACGUAAAGCAAGUCGUGUCAGAAGGUGCAAUAUGGCGGUCUCCUCUGUGGCAGGAGUGGGUGUCACACUCCUGAGAAGUAUUGCAGGACAGAUGCAUUCCAGAAUGCUCGCCUCAGUCUGUGCUGUUCAUCACUCCUCCUUUCACACGAGUCCGACGUUAGAGUUGACUAGAAAAUGGGAGAAGAAGAAUCUAAUUGUUUAUCCACCGCAAACUCGGGACGAGCCGCGGAAACCAGCUGAAAUCUUUCACUGCAGACGGCAAAUAAAGUACAGCAAGGACAAGAUGUGGUACCUGGCAAAACUGAUCCGAGGCAUGACGAUCGACCAGGCCGUGGCACAGCUGGAGUUCAACGACAAGAAGGGGGCGCAGAUAAUGAAGGAGGUUCUGUUGGAGGCCCAGGAUAUGGCAGUUAGAAAUCACAAUGUCGAGUACAAAUCAAAUUUGUACGUUGCCGAGUCCUUCUCCGGCAAGGGGAAGUACCUGAAGCGGAUCCGGAUCCACGGCAAGGGCAUGUUCGGGAUCAUGGAUAAGGUGCACUGCCACUACUUCGUGAAGCUGGUGGAGGGGUCGCCGCCCGCCGUGCAGCAGACGACCGGGUUCGACCAGGCCAAGGAGUACGUGGAGCAGCUGAGGAGCCGCACCAUCAUACACUCGCUGUAGAGCCAGCCGGACCCUGUACCAGAGCGUCUCUGUAAAAAGCUGUGUUGUUUUUUGUUUUUUAUUGGAAUGACUCUACCCCCCUCCCUCGACCCCCCCCCCCCCCCCUUGGUUUUCUAUUCCGGAGGACAUCAGCCGUUUGUUUCGGACUUUAAAGGAACGCUUUGUAAAUUUGCGCUGGUGUUGAAAUGAUCUUGCACUGAUUCUGUGUGGAUGUUUAACACUGGGGGGGGAAUGAAUACAUUUCCUGCCAUCAUGAGGUCAGGUCUCAACAGUAGCCAUUCAUACAUAAUCUGUUGAGUGGAAUCAAAAGGAUGUGUUUAUGUAGCCUGAAGCCAUUCUCGCUUCCUGACAUGAUUCUCAAUGUACAAAACAAGGCCCAUGCGCUUUAUCAUUAAAAUAAAAUUUAUUAGGACUUCGUACCCACUGUA